AUGGUUCGAACUGGUGUCUUGAGCGAUGCUUCGAAGACCAUCUCCGACGCCAAGAAGCAGAGCAAGUGCCAAGUAGUGCUUCGGCCUCCCUCCAAGGGCAACGUGAAUCUACUCCAGCCCACGCAGCAGAAUGUUUAUGUCUCGGACUUUGACGAAAUCGAGGACAACCGCGGCGGCAAAAUCGCUAGUCGACUCACCCACCCGUUCGUCAUCGAUAUUUCUUAUUUGGUCUAA